CUAUCUUUUUUUAAUGUCAACGUGGGUAUGAAGUUAACAAUUUUGAUAUUGAUAAUUAAUUCUGAAUAAUAAAUUGUACAAAAAAAUGAACACAUUUCCUUUUGUGGUUGUAAGGACAGCAAGAAGUAUUCAAGUGAAAGGUACAAGCCGUAAAAUGUGGAAUUUAAUCUUCUCAACCAUUUCUUCAACUCUUUUUCUCACUAAUUAUGUAAUGGCAUCAUCCAGAGGUAAAUGUGAUCAUGGUAACUACUACCCGCACGAGACGAGCUGCUACAAGUUCUACCAAUGUGACCAUGGAUAUAAAGUUCUUAAGGAUUGUGGUCCUGGAACCGCAUUUAAUCCAGACAUAAACGUUUGCGAUUGGCCGUACAAGGUUGAUAAUUGCAAGAAGAUGAGGAUCAGUACGGCUAUCACGGAAAGUGUAGUACCAAACACAGAUUCGGGAAGUGAGGAGAAAGGAAAAGAAGAAAACACAACCCCAACAGACACUGUGGCAUCAACAGUGAAUGAACACAGCUCUACACCACCAGAGACUGUGGCAUCAACAGUGAAUGAAUACAGCUCUACACCACCAGACACUGUGGCAUCAACAGUUAAUGAAUACAGCUCUACACCACCAGACACUGGCAUCAACAGUGAAUGAAUACAGCUGAGAUAUAUAAAAAAAAACACAUAACUGCUCAGGAUGUUACACAAACUGAUUAAACACUUUAAACUUUAAUGUUUUAUUAAAACAAUUUUUGGGAUGUUCUAA